CUUGUUGCGUCGCUCCGCCUCCUCUGGGCUCAAACACUCACUGAAGCUCCACGAACAUACACUGAAGUACAGCUUAUCUUUCAGGCAAAUACUGCGGAAUAUAUAACACGUAUAACACUCCAGAAGAGCCCGACAGAAGCGCAGUUUAAAAGCAUGUUUACAUAUGGAGGAAUCUCAGCCCACAUCAGUAAUAACAGGCUGAAAGCGGAGGGCAUGGGUUCAUUCGAGCAGGCCAUACACUUUCAGAACCAGGAUUAUGAAGCCAUCAGACAGGAGUGUUUGGAAGGAGGAUUCCUGUUUGAAGAUUCCUUCUUUCCUGCUGAGCCUCCAUCUCUUGGCUUCAAAGAACUCGCCCCGUAUUCCUCUAAAACCUGCGAUGUGGAGUGGAUGCGCCCAACGGAGCUCUGUGAUGAUCCGCAGUUCAUUCUGGGCGGAGCUACAAGGACUGACAUCUGUCAGGGAGCUCUGGGUGACUGUUGGCUUCUGGCUGCUAUAGCCUCACUGACACUUAAUGAAAAGCUGCUACACAGAGUUGUUCCUCACGGUCAGAGCUUUCAGGACGGAUAUGCUGGAAUUUUCCACUUCCAGUUCUGGCAAUAUGGCGAGUGGGUGGACAUUGUGAUUGAUGACCGGCUGCCGGUCAAAGACGGAGAGCUCAUGUUCGUCCACUCAGCAGAGGGAAAUGAAUUCUGGAGUGCCCUGGUUGAAAAAGCCUAUGCUAAGUUAAAUGGCUCUUAUGAAGCUCUCUCUGGAGGUUCCACCACUGAAGGUUUUGUGGACUUUACAGGUGGAGUCUCAGAGAUGUACGAGCUCCGGAACGCCCCGAAAGAUCUUUACAGAAUCAUCGGCAAAGCCUUGGAGAGAGGCUCGCUGCUGGGCUGCUCCAUCGAUAUCACCAGUGCCUUCGACAUGGAAGCCGUUACGUUCAAGAAGCUGGUCAAGGGUCACGCUUACUCUGUGACUGCUCUCAAACAGGUGGAGUUUAGGGGCAGUAUGGAGAAGCUUAUCCGCAUCCGUAACCCAUGGGGUCAGGUGGAAUGGACAGGGGCCUGGAGCGAUAACUCCUCUGAAUGGGAUGAGAUCGAUGAAUCUGAGAAAGAUGACCUGCACUUGAAGAUGGAGGACGGAGAGUUCUGGAUGUCGUUCAGUGAGUUCUUGAGGCAGUACUCCAGAUUAGAAAUCUGUAACCUCACCCCUGAUGUUCUGAGCGAGGAUGAGGUGAGCCACUGGAACACCGUUAAGUUUCACGGCUCCUGGAGGAGAGGCAGCACGGCAGGGGGCUGUCGAAACCAUGCCAACACAUUCUGGAUUAAUCCGCAGUAUAAGAUCACUCUGCUGGAGGAAGAUGAUGAUCCUGAGGAUGAAGAGGUGGCCUGCAGUUUCCUGGUGGCCUUAAUGCAGAAAGACCGCAGACGAUUUCGCCGUCAAGGACAAGACAUGCACACCAUCGGCUUUGCAGUCUAUGAGAUUCCUGAAGAGUUUGCCGGUUGUCAGAAUGUGCAUCUCAAAAAGAACUUCUUCUUGGCUCACUCAUCCUGCGCUCGGUCCGAGACCUUCAUUAACCUGCGGGAGGUGAGCACGCGUCUCAGCCUGCCUCCUGGAGAGUACAUCAUCGUCCCGUCUACCUUCGAGCCCAGCAAGGAGGCGGAUUUUGUCUUACGGGUCUUUACAGAAAAACAAUCACAGACUGAGGAGUUGGAUGAUGAGAUUUCUGCAGACUUCGAGGAUGAGGAAGAAAUUUCAGAGGAUGAUAUUGAAGACUCAUUUAAGGCCUUGUUUGCUCAGCUGGCUGGAGAGGAUAUGGAGAUAUCUGUCCGUGAACUCAGGACCAUCCUUAACCGGGUCGUGUCCAAACACAAGGACCUUAAGACAGAUGGGUUCAGUAUGGAUUCUUGUAGAACUAUGGUCAACCUCUUGGAUAAAGAUGGUAGUGCACGCUUGGGCUUAGUAGAGUUUCAGAUCCUCUGGAAUAAAAUUAGAAAGAUGUUGGAGAUCUUCAGAGAAUUUGACAUUGAUAAGUCAGGAACAAUGAGCUCCUAUGAGAUGCGUAUGGCGGUGGAAUCAGCUGGCUUCAAGCUCAACAACAGACUCAACCAGAUUCUAGUAGCCAGAUAUGCUGAGAACGAAACCAUCGAUUUUGAUAACUUCGUCUGCUGCUUGAUCAAACUGGAGUGCAUGUUCAAAUCUUUUCAGCUUUUGGACAGAGAUGGAACAGGAGAGGCGGAGAUGAACAUGUCUGAGUGGCUUUUCAUGACCAUGUGCGGUUGAGGUAGACCAUUCCCAAUGCAAGAAUGCUGCAAAGUGCCUCAAUACUAAACUCUUCAUGCAACAACCUCACUUUCACAAUAAGCAUUAGAGAAAAGUUCCAAUAGUUUUUUUUUCAAGUAUUUUUGUUUAAAUAGAAAAUAAUGCAUUUACACAAUAGAGAACACCACUCAAGGUACACUUGUUGUCUGAAGAGGACCUUCACUCGCUGCUCAUGUCCUGACUGUUUAUAUGUGUGAGAAAAAAACAUAGGAUGAGUAUCUAACAAGCAUCUGAAUUUGUCAAAAAUGGAAAAUCUGUCUUUGUUUGCAAAAGGUUGACUGUUGAUAGUGCCUCUAAUAAGAAACCACAGCAUUGCAUGUUUUCCUAAAAGGUGAACUAAUAUGCCCUAGAUGAAGAAUGUAAUGUUUUAUAGGCUGAAUUUCAGUAUUGUCACUGAUAUAAAUCAAAUAUAGCUUUAGAAUAAAAUAUUAUAAUUUA